AUGCCAGCUAAAGUUGCAGGAAAGAAAGGCGAGAAGAAAGCCGGAAAGGCUAAAGCCAUUGCUGAUGGAAAGAAGAAGAGGAGAGGAAAGAGAAGGGAAAGCUAUGCUAUCUACAUCUACAAGGUGUUGAAGCAAGUUCACCCUGACACUGGUAUCUCCAGCAAAGCCAUGGGCAUCAUGAACUCGUUCGUCAACGACAUCUUCGAGCGCAUCGCCACCGAAGCUUCCCGCCUUGCCCAUUACAACAAGAAGUCGACCAUCAGCUCUCGCGAGAUCCAGACCGCCAUCAGGCUGCUUUUGCCCGGUGAACUGGCUAAACACGCCGUGAGUGAAGGAACUAAGGCUGUGACCAAGUACACCAGCAGCAAGUAAACUCACUUUGUGGGUUUUCCGCCAAAACAAACGGCUCUUUUAGGAGCCACCAAAUGUUACGAAAGUCAAUCAUUAACGCAAUACGAGUUUUUAAACAUGAAAAUGUUUCUCUUAGUAUGGUUCCGAACGAAACAAAAUUUUACAAACGAAGAAGUACAGCAAAGAUGAGUCACAGAUGAACCGGGAAAGGAAGGGUAGACUAUUGUUCAUGAUUAAUUUUACAAAAUGUCACACUCAACAUUAUUAA